AUGAUCAAGAACGGUCAAAAAAUUGCUCAAGUGGAUCUAGAGGAAGUUGAAGAGCAAGCUAAAUCGUGGAAUGCUGCUAUAAUCUGUAUGAUAUUGGGAGUUAACCCUCCCAUGACUGUGUUUGAAGGAUUCAUUAAGAUGACUUGGGGACACCUUGGAAUCGUCCAAAUAGCUAGAAUGGCUAGGGGGAUGGUUAUGGUUCGUUUCAAUGAUGAAGCUACAAGAAACGAAGUGGAGGCUGGAGUAGUGCAGUUUGAUAGGAAGCCGAUUAUUACUCGACCAUGGACAAUAGAUUUAAACUCUAUUAAAUUGUUUAUAGAGCAGGCAAUUGAUUAUAAAUGGCUACCAGUCAAAUACAAAAGCUGUGCUAGUUUUGGCCAUAUUGCAGCUGAUUGUAGGAAUGACAAAAUGAAGGAUAAAGUUGAGAACAAGGAUAAUACAAAACGAGACCAACAUGAGACAACAAGCAAGGUUAGUGCUACUGGGAAACAGCAGGUUGCUGCAUCUAACAGUGGGGAAGUGAAGCAUCAGGCUGCAACAAUCAAGGAUCCAAAAAAUGAUAUUUCAAUCAACAAGGGUACUUGGCAAACCCGUAAAAAAGCUGCCCAUGGAAGAAUGAAAAGCAAAAACAAGGAGCAGCAGGUGGAUAUUGCUACUGGGAACAGUUUCAAAGCUUCGCAAGGGCAAAAUGUUAGGGGUAUUAACAAUAAAGAUAAGCAAGCUACUGUUGCUGAAUUUUGUCAAGUUAAUAAGGUUGGUGUUGGUGCUAUGUUGGAAACUAAGCUAAGAGGGAAUAAGAUUCAAGAGAUGUUUGAUUCUAAAAUGUCUAAUUGGAACUAUUAUACAAGUGAUGUGAUUGAAGGUAGAAUUUUGAUUUACUGGAGGAAGAAUUUUGCUAGAGUAAUUGUUACUGCUAAAUCUCCCCAAUUUGUGCAUUGUUUUGUGAAAAUGGCUGGCUGUGAGACAGGUUAUUGUGUUUAUUUUGUGUAUGGUUUCAAUACCAUAGAUGAAAGGAAGAAGUUGUGGGAAGAUUUUUUAAAGAUCAAGCUGAAUGUGAAGCCUUGGAUAGUCCUAGGAGAUUUUAAUGCUGUGUUCAAUAUUGUUGACAGAGUUGGGGGAAACUCAAUCACUUUCCAUGACACUCAAGAUGCUUCAAUGUGGCUGGUUGCUGCCAAUCUUGAAGUCAUUCCUAGAAUAGGUUCUACUUAUACUUGGACGAACAAUCAAGAUGGUACAAUAGAAUCUAUUAUAUGA